AUGGCUGAAAGCGCCGAGUUUAUAGUGUUAUGCGGUUUAUUUUUCGCAUUCUGGUUUACUAUUCAUCAUCCAUUUUUAAUUGGAUCAAUCAUAAUUAUACUGCUGGCUUAUUGGAUUUAUAAUUCACCUGAAACUCAGAAAACUAUUAUUGAUGUGGCAUCCAAGACUUUUGAAAAUACAAGAAAUCAAAUACAAACAAAUCGAGAAGAAUCAGAAAUGACGAGAUCCGGAAUCGAGAGAGCAAGAAAACAAUAUAUGGAGCAUUGCAACAGUUUCAAUUCAUCAUCGAAUCCUCCUGAUACUGAAUCAAAAUCAAAUUCUUCAUUAUUAUUCACAUAUCAAGUACCAAUUCUUACAAAUUAUUAUGAAUCCAUCAUUCAAUUUUUUACACAGUAG